UGGCGUCACACGUCUUUCAAGUGACGUCAAAUUGUCUGCAGGUGUUGGAAAAGGCGCAGUAUUGGCGUAAGUGACGCUUAAAACGGCUUUUACGAUGGCUUCAGCUACAGAUAAUCGUUAUGGACAAAAGGAGUCUUCCGACCAGAACUUUGAUUACAUGUUCAAAAUCCUGAUCAUCGGGAACAGCAGCGUUGGGAAGACAAGCUUUCUGUUUCGUUAUGCUGAUGACUCCUUCACCCCAGCAUUUGUAAGCACGGUGGGCAUCGACUUCAAGGUGAAGACCAUCUACAGGAAUGACAAGAGGAUAAAGCUGCAGAUCUGGGACACAGCAGGACAGGAACGCUACAGAACCAUCACCACUGCCUACUACCGCGGAGCCAUGGGCUUCAUCCUCAUGUACGACAUAACCAACGAGGAGUCUUUCGCCGCAGUGCAAGACUGGUCCACACAGAUUAAGACAUACUCGUGGGAUAACGCUCAGGUGCUUCUAGUGGGCAACAAGUGUGACAUGGAGGAUGAGAGGGUGGUGGCCUCUGAGAGGGGCCGACAGCUAUCCGAGCAUCUCGGUUUUGAGUAUUUUGAGGCCAGUGCCAAGGACAACAUUAAUGUUAAACAAACCUUCGAGCGGCUGGUAGACAUAAUCUGCGAGAAGAUGUCAGAGAGCCUGGAUGCUGCCGAUCCUGCAGUGACGGGAGCCAAACAGGGGCCGCAGCUCACAGAGCAACCCGCUGCCCCGCACCAGGACUGCGCCUGCUGAAAACCCCACGGCUCUUUCUGCACUGCCUUGCACCAACACACACACACACAGAGCUUAGGUAUUUAAAAAGAUCAAGAAACAUAAAAUCUUCAGUUCCCCUUCCUGCCUCCUCUGGCCACACCCUCUCCUCUCUGAUGUCUCACUUUAACACCUCAAGCUUUGACAUGGUUUUAUUCAACCUGUAAUCCAUUACAUUUUAAAAGGAAAGCCAUAGCACCCUUUACGAAUUCGAUUUGGCUUGAUUAAGCCUGUUAUGUUUUAAAGACUUAAUGAAGUUCAAAUUUUAGGGGUGUGUUAUUAGGACACAAAAUCUUUUACGUUUUCGAUGCCUUCAUAUUCUUUUCUUGUACUCUUCCAUAACCUUAUUUAUGAACAAAUAUUAUUAAAAAAAAAGAGGAAUGGGGAGAGAUUUCUGUAUAUUUAUUCCAAAAGUGUACAUAAUGAAUACAGUUCAGUAUUUAAAUUAUAAAGUUAGAGAUGCAUAUCUAAAAUGUUUUAUUAUUUUUUUUAUUAUUAUUAUUCUUUUUUUUUUUUUUUGGAAAAUGACCAAUUCAGUCAAAUAUAAAGAAAGUUGUAGAAGUCAAUAAAUGCUGUUUUCAUGGUAAUUCUUUGCAGUGCGAGUCACCAACCUUGCUUAUUUGUAUCUGUGACAUUGUAUCUUGUUUACUGCCUUGCCUCAUGUAAUUUCAGUCCCGGGACUGAAAGCCAGAUAUCAUACACAAACAUUCCUUGAUGUAAAUUCGCAUGGAAGGAAAUAAAGCCAUUUAGGCAAAUAGUGGUAGGAUUCCAUUCUAAAUGCUUCAUUAGGUCUAGUCAAGUAUAUUUCUUGUCAAAAACAGAGUCUGAUUUGCAGCCAUGUUGUAAUUUCAGUAUAACAGCAGAGCCAUAAGCUCAACCAUCCUAUCAAUAACACUCGUAUACGCUCAUGAAAUUUAGCAAAUGUCUCAGAUUUGACUGGAAAAGACUUUCUAGACUGGCGUGUCCUAUGAAAUAUCGUACGUGGCUCUGUAUAAUACCACACCUGCAACUAUAAUGAAAAAUCCGUUUGCAAAAAAAGAAAAGUCCAUGACGAGUAUUAACGUUUACAUGUGUAAGACCCUCCCUGAUUAUUCCUGCAUCUUUCCUUUGCUAUUCUGCCUUCCUUUUAGUGAAAACUUAUUGUACAUACAUUUGGGUCUUUGGUUUUAUGUGUGAACUGUGUUGUAUCAAUUCUAGGAUUUAAAAAAAUCUAGGUGAUAUUAAGAUGAAAACAAAUACAAAAAGAGGAUAUAAAGGGUGUUCUUUACCUGCUGUUGUGUAUGCCUGCUUGUGAAUGAAUGUCACUUUAUUACAGAGCAAUAUUGAAGAAAAUACCUUUCAUGUGUUGCAGAUUAUUUAUCAUACCGUUAACAUAAACAGACCUUUUUUUUUUGUAGGAUGUGAUGGAAACGUGAUAAAGUGGGUAAAAUCCUAGUUGGAACGUACUUGUUGUAAACCAAAGCAGGCGGAUCUACCGUGGAGCUGGUUUGCUGAAAUUCAAAAGCUUGACUGUAUUUGUGGCAAAUGCUGUUGAUUAUUUAAAACCUCAAAUCAUGUUAAGAAAAAAAAAGUUUAUUGUAGAUAUCUGCAGAGGCACUGCUAAAAUCCAUGGGGCCCAGUACAAAUUGAUUGUAGGUGGGUCCCUCUCCUAAUGACUAAUGAGCAGAUGAUACAAUAGAUAGAGGACCUUUAGUGAGCCUCUUUCAUGGCACUGGAAAUUAGAAGUGAGAAGAUAUGACUAAAUCUUUAUUAACAUCACAGCUCACCAUAUAAAGUAGUCGCUCCGCGUUCAGAUCAGUUUAUCAUCGUUAUAUGAGUUUGUUCUCCGUUUCCUACAUUUUAUCUAGAAUUGUUUUUAGUCAUGCUUUCCAUUGUGAUUUUUUUUUUCUUUUCUUUUUUUUCUUCUGAUAAUUGGAGUGUGAUGUACAAGGAAAAAAACACUAAUAUGCAGUAGUAAAUGUACUGUACUUACAAUAAGGGGUUUUGUGUUAAAGUGUCCAGUGGUGAAAUUUACCAAAUCAACUGUCUAUGUUGUGAAAAUGACUGAACUUAUAAAAAUAAAGGUUUGUGCUGUUUACUUGA